CAAAGAAGUCAUGCAUAACCUUUUUAGACCUGAACUCUCUUCCAGCUGCUUUUGUUUCCAUUCCCUUUACGCUUAAUCUCUUUAGGUUUUUUGUAGCAGACAGACAAAUCAACAAGUAUAAGAGUACAACAUCCAUGGACUCCAAUCACUCCAUAAGGCCAAAAAUGUACUUAAACAGUAGUGCUGCAGGUGCCUGCCGCAACUUUGAUCCCAAUAAUACUAAUAUUGACCCCAUGUCAGAAUCAGCCCCAGAAGUUGUUGUCCACAACCACAACCACUUCCACAACACCACCACCUUUGCUCCUGAAGAAAACCCGAGCAGGCUCUCCAUGGAAGAAGAGCUCUCUAUUUACUACCACAACACCGCCAUGGAAACUGAUCAGCUUCAGAAUGAGAUGGACCAAAGCAAUACCAGAAACUUUCAUUUGGUUAAUCCCUUUGAGACCCGCCAAGCCACAAAUAAUGAAAUGCAACAACAAUUUCCCCCACCUGAGCAGCUCAGCCAUCUCCACUUGCCCUCCUCUUCUGUGCUCCCACACUCCUCCAUUACCUUCACCAACCCGAAGAGCCCGGGAGGCUGUUUCCCAGAGUCUUUUGGGUAUGAGGCCCUGCUCGAGACUCCAUCUGUGGCGGCAGCCUCUAUGGUCAUGUAUGACCCAAUGUUUCACCCGAAUCAGCUGCCUCCGCAGCCGCAGCCGCCUCUGUUCAGGGAGCUGCUGCAGUCCCUGCCACAUGGGUACAACUUGGGUGGGUCCAGGAAUGAGUCAAGUUUGUUUAGUAAUGGUGGGGAUGAGGUAGAGCAUGGUAGUAAGCAGUUGUUUGAGAAUGGGGUACUGGAGUUCUCUAAAGAGGUGAAGCCAUUUGGAAGAGGGAGAGGAAGAGGUGGGAAUAAAGGGAUCAAGUUUACUGAGCGCGAAAGGAGAGUCAAGGUCAAUGAGCAGUAUAAAGCUUUGCAGGAAUUUGUUCCGAAUCCAACCAAGUCUGAUAGAGCGUCUAUAGUUGGAGAUGCAAUUGAUUACAUACAGGAGCUGAAGAGGACUGUGAGCGAGCUGAAACUGUUGGUGGGGAAGAAAAGGCGUGGGAUAGAGAGGAGCAAGAGGCAGAAGACUGAGCAAGGUCCUGGAGAUGAUGAUGAGAGCUGUAAUGUGAAGCCCCUUGGUGAUCAUGACAAUGACCACUCCUACUACAAUGGGUCUCUGAGGAGCUCAUGGCUUCAAAGGAAGUCCAAAGACACUGAAGUUGAUGUCUGGAUCAUCGAGGAUGAAGUUACCAUCAAACUGGUCCAGAGGAAGAAAAUCAAUCUCUUGCUGUCUGUGUCCAAGGUUCUUGAUGAGUUGCAGCUUGAACUCCAUCAUGCCGCUGGGGGACACAUUGGGAAUUCAUACAGCUUUUUGUUGAACGCCAAGAUAUAUGAAGGGUCUUUUUUGUAUGCAAGUGCCAUUGCCAACAAGCUCAUUGAGGCUCUGGACAGACAAUAUGCAGCAAUUCCACCUACCACUAGUUAUGGGCAUGAGAACUGAGAUGUUGCUUGGAAUAUCUAUCAAGUCUUGAUAAAAUGUUUAUCUCAU